GAGACUCUUACCUCACACUGAGGAGCCAUCGGAUCUCUAUAGCUGCCGUCAUGUAUUUUGGUAAUGUGUGUCAGACCGCUCUGCCACCUCUGGCCCGUCCUGCGGUGGGCAGGACCCAGCUGUCCCCGGACCUGAAGCCCCUCCUCCCCUUCCACCUGCUUCCUGGGUUCAGUGAUAUGGAUCAUGUCCAUAAAACUCUGAUUGGCUCAGGCUUUGGGCUAACCACACCCCUGAAGAGGAAGCCCAGUUCCUGCGGAGUUUGCCGAUUGAGGUUCAACUCUGAGGCGCAGGCUUCAUCCCAUUACAGCGGCACCAAACACGCCAAGAGGCUGAAAGCUUUGGAUGCCCAGGAUUCUAAGAUCAGGACCUCUGAACCAGUCGCCAAGGAAACCACGUCGCAAAUCCUCUUGUUACCUUACUCACAGCCCUCCAGCUCAGACACUACAUCAGGAGAUCUGCCAGCACCAAACCUCGUGUCAGAGGUGCCGCCAUCAAACAGCAGCCCCGCUGAAACCAUGAAGGCGCCCACUGACCCCACCGUGUCACCUUGCCUUAAGACAGAGAAAGAGACGCAAAGAGACAGAGAGGUGGAGGCGCCUGCGGAGGAGGAGACGGAAGAAGAGAAAGCUAUGCGACUCCUCUACUGCUCCCUCUGCAAGGUGGCAGUCAACUCUGCCUCCCAGCUGCAGGCCCACAACAGUGGCACCAAGCACAAGACAAUGCUGGAGGCUAGGAGUGGCGAUGGAGCCAUCAAAUCCUUCCCCAGGUCAGGGGUCAAAGCCAAGCUGGCUACGCUGUCUGAGUCAUCAACUGGACUCCAGAACAAAACCUUCCACUGUGAGAUCUGUGAUGUGCAUGUCAACUCUGAGAUCCAGCUCAAACAGCACAUCAGCAGUCGGAGACACAAGGACAGAGCAGCAGGUAAACCAGCCAAGCCUAAGUUCAGCCCCUACACUCCCACCCAGCGUCACCAGGGCUUCCAAGCAGUUCGACUGGCUUUGAGGAAGGAGCAGGACUUGACCAAACCUCUGGCCUCUUGUCUCUUACAGCACCAACUCACUGUUGCCGCCAUGGCAACACUGUCCCCCUUCCCCCUGCGGCCCACCUCUAACUCUAGCCCCGCCAUGUUUCAGAGCCAGCCCCUCCCCCCGGCCCUGCUGCAUCCCGCCCCUGGACCGAUCUGCUCCACACACACACCUGUCUUGUUCUCUCCCUACUGACCCGGCCCAACUCUCUACAGCUAAAACUGACCUGACCCAGUUGUGAUGAUACGACGGUGCUCACACACACCAACAAACACUAUGGUUCUCAUGGACCGGGACUCAACACUAUCUUCUGGGGUAAAAACCAGAAUUCUGUGUUUUGGAUCACAGUGGAGGAUGUAUAGAACAGGAAACAUGUACAAACAGAGUAUUUUCUGAUGAAUAUGUGUGCAUGUUUGUGUGUGAGUGUGUGUAUGUGUGUGUGUGUGUGUGUGUGUGUGUGUGUGUGUGUGUGUGUGUGUGUGUGUGUAUGGGUGUGUGUAUGUCCCAGUUUAUGAGUUUGGUGCAUGUACAGAUUUAGUCAUCAUGGAAGAACAUUUUGUACUGCAUGUUUGCUGCUGCAAUCCUGACAGCCCUGCGAAAGUCUCCAUCUCACCAAGUCAUUUUGUCUCAUAUUCAGUCUUAAACAUGGUUUUUCUUAAAACAAGUGGAAAAAAAUC